GAACGAUAUAAUAAUACCUAAUUGAAGUGUGUAGUGCGGUAAAGUUAUGGUGCAGUUCCGCGCAGGCUCCGUGUUCUAUGCCCGUUGAAAUAACAAACUCGUUUCCAUGCAUACUUAUCAAUUAUAAGUGCAUGCCUCCUGACAUUUAACUUGACUUUAAUGAAAGUAUUGAGCAGUGUGUUAUUUUAAUUUAGAGCCGUCCCGAAUGUGUGUACUAGCACGGUAUAGUUAGGGAACAUGCCCCGGUCCCACGGCGUAGCGCCGGCUUUUGGCACGCUUUGCUAAUAGUGUCAAGUGUUAGUUUGUGAGUCACUGCACGUUGCGAUGUAGACGCAAUGAUGGAUGUGCAGCUAAACGAAUCGAGUAAGUGGCAGCGCGGACGCUUUCUGUCAACUCUCAACAGAAGUUUUCGAUUAGCAAGUGCCAAAGCAAGAAGUGUCAACAGUUCACCCACAGAGAGCAAAAGCUUUGAACAAAGUUUGGAUAUGACAUCGGCUGCAACGGGUUUGAAUUCGUCCAGUGAUGGUUCAUGUGCUUUGAGACCAUUGGAAAUCGUGGCUCCCCGGAUAGACACGUACAGGUUCUCCAUGGCUAACCUGGAAGAGACACAGGAUGCAGACCUAGACGCGAUACUAGGGGAACUUUGUGCACUCGACUCAGAAUACGAUGAAGAAAUAUCGAGGGUAUCUUCAGCUUUAUCUUCAACAUCGAAGUGUAGAGCCGAGGGCGCUGGUGAGAGCUCUCAGAGGCCAGAUAAGGAAUGCGCCGAUGGUGCAUCAAGCAUCGCACGGACCGACUCCCCCGAUAACGACUCAGCCUUUAGCGACACUGUGUCUAUGCUAUCCAGUGAAUCGUCGGCAUCCAGUAACACAAGCACGAAAUGUAAAUCAAUGAAACUGAAUCUCCAUCAAACGCCGAAAGAUGCAAGCUUCCAACUUAAGGCUGACAAAAUAAAGUUGGCACUAGAACGCAUGCGUGAAGCUAACAUCAAGAAACUAUUCAUCAAAGCCUUCUCCAUGGAUGGGUCAUCCAAGAGUCUACUGGUUGAUGAAAAGAUGACUUGCGGAUACGUAACACGACUGCUAGCAGACAAGAACCAUGUCACUAUGGAACCGAAAUGGGCUAUUGUGGAACAUUUGCCUGAUCUGCACAUGGAACGAGUCUAUGAAGACCACGAGAUGCUAGUCGACAAUUUGAUGCUGUGGACCAGAGAAUCGAAAAACAAGAUUUUAUUCGCUGAGCGACCAGACAAGAUAUCUCUCUUCCAAACGCCGGAAAAGUUUCUUCUAACUGAAGACGACAGAGGUUGGUCCAGUGAACAAGACGAGCACUCCAGACAAGUUAUCAUUGACGAGUUUUUCGGACAAAGUGGAGGAACUACGAGCACAGUGCCGUCCGUUUCAGGUCACCCAGUGCCUCCCAUGGAGGGGCCGCUGUAUCUCAAGAAUGAUGCCAAAAAGGGAUGGAAGAAAAUCUACUGCGUUUUGAGACCAUCUGGACUGUACUACUCGCCAAAGGAUAAGGUGAAAACUCUGAAAGAGCUGGUGUGUCUGGCUACAUUUGACACUAACGAAGUGUACAUAGGGUUGAACUGGAAGAAGAAAUAUAAGUCACCUACUGACUAUUGCUUCGCGAUCAAGCACCCGAGGCUGCAGCAACCAAAGAGUGUUAAGUUUAUUAAGUUUCUGUGCGCUGAUGAUCAGCGGACACUCGAGAGAUGGGUGACAGCGAUGCGUAUUGCAAAGCAUGGAAGGCAAUUACUGGAAAACUACCGUUCGUUGGUAGAGGAGCUAACCCAGGAAGAUCUCGAUCACCUUGCUCAUGCACGCUCAUGUUCAAUCACUUCUAUACCAACAAAAACGAACGGUAUGCCAACACUUGGUAUUAACAGCCCUGCUCAAUCGACCUCCAGUAAUGCGAGCGUCGCAAACUCAGACAUCAGCAGCGGCAGACAUUCCCGAGCAUCGUCGUCCAGUUCGAGCGGAUGUCUAUCCGACGGUGGCACCGCUUCGGAGAGCGCUUUCGACUGCGAAUUCCCUAUGGGUACGAUAAAACGCAAGCCCUCCAUGAAGCCCAACAUACCGCUCACUUGGAUGACGCGUCAGUUGAAGGAGAUGGUGGAGAAAGGGGGCGAUUGUGGUGCAGAGGAUGAGGGAGGUGGUGACUCGGGCACUCUAACCCGGCGACCUCGCUCCUCACGCACUGAUGACUCCACGCUAAAAAGACAUCAUACCAUCGACUCUACGGAAACAAUGGUAUACAGCAGCACGACCAACAAUCGUUUAAGCAACACUGGCAGCCCAGUGCGCCAUGAUCCUCCGUCUCCCACGUACGGCCAUUACGAGAGCAUUCCUCGCGACAACAUCUACCGCAACAGCUCAGACAGCGGCUCUGCUCUGUAUGGAUACACAACAAUUUACGACAAAGUACAAAGACCACCUGCGGUCUCCACUGUUGAAGAUUUACCUCCACCUCCACCCCCAACUGAUGAUGUUCCCGACGGAAUGUUCAGCUCGACACUAAGUCUGGACUCACUGCCGCCCCCGCCGCCUCCUCUUGAACCUAUCGAGGAUCUCACUGGCUCCCAACUUAGCUUGCCGCCACCUCCACCAGAACAUACUAUGGAAGCACACACAGCUGCUGGGCGCGUCCACGACAUAGUGAACCAAUUGACGGCGCAACAAGUCGAACAGACAGCGCGAGCUGGCCAAUCCCGAGUGACUGCUCGCUCGUCGGAGCACAGCCGCACAUUCCCGCGCCAGCCUUCGCUCGACAGCGUACACUCGGAAGCUUCUCGAACAUCGUCCCUGCAUUCCGACAAAAGUAUCUACGGCCAGCAAAACGUUGCUUAUGGUGCCUGUCUGGCCGAAUUACAGACGAAGAAAAUAAGUAACGGCAGUCCCUCGAUUCAAAAGAAGUUAACUAGCGAGCCUUCUAAAGAACGCACGGGAUCUAUGAAAAAAGUUAAUUUUGCUGAUGACCUACCUACUUGUUCUGAUACUUCGAGUAAAAAGACUAAGAAAAUAUCGUUCAAUUUAAAGGAACAACCGCCUUUGUCCCCUAGAAAACCACCACCUCCAAAACGAAAUGAAAGCACCAGAUUAUCCUCGCCAAAGAAAUUAGCGGAUUCUAACAGCAAUCCACCAAAAGAGUUCCUUCGAGAUUUGCAGAGAGUUAUGAGAAAGAAAUGGCAAGUAGCACAAAAGUGUAAACUGGAACCAGCUACGACACCACACGAAGUUCUCGGUUUUAGAGAAUAUCCUUUAUCUGAGGACUACAAAGAGACAAGUGUAUCAAUGUGGGUUCAGGAGCAUUAUGGCGGUGGAGUAGAGGACCCGUUCUAUGAAAACGUGUUCGGCCGAGAUCCUCCGCCGCGCCGAGAGGAACCGAAGCCCAUUAAGAAAAGGCCCCCGCCGGCUCCUCCGCGCCGCAGCGAGUCCACGCAUCUGUCCACUCACCCGCACGCUCCCGCGGCGCAGCCCACCGUCUGAGCAGGCAGCACUCCGGCCGCGCCUGUACUGGUCGUUGCGAACACAAGAACUGGCUUCUUACAAAUUCACCAAAAGGAAAAGGCAAUGUCCUGGAAUGAAAUAUUUAUUGGUACUAUACUAAUUGUACACGUUAAAUGAUAGGCUAGCAUUGAAUCACUAUAACAAGUCUGUGUCCAUGAAUCGCUAAACAGAUACGUAGCGAAUACAAUCUAAAUGUUAUAUAACUUAAGCCUUUUUUAAUAUAACUAAGCUCUCUGGAGUUAGGUAAAUGUGACGUAUUUAACUUUAAACUUGGUUAUAAAAUUAAAUAUUAAUGAUGGCUAUAUUGCAUACUAUGCAAAAACUUUUAAAGAACAUCUUUCUUUUUUGUAAUAAUGACCAAUUGUUAUCAUUUUGAACGCAGUUUAAAGAAUGUAAGAAUCAGAAAGGGGUGGUGCUAUUUUGAAAGGUAUAUUAAGGUAUGUAGGUUGGCUUUUUGCAAGUUCGCAUACAACCUGAAAUUAAUUAAAUUAAAUAUAAAAUUGGAAAUUGAAAUGAAUGUUAUAAAGUAUAUAAAAUGUUUAUAGGCAUUAGGAAAUAUUAGACAUAGCAAUCGUAUUGUUUUAUACAUACUCGUUAUGUGCUUGUAGGUAAUAGUUGUAUGUGAACCUGCAAAAUAUUAUUUAUUGCAUGAGUUGGAGUUUUGUCAAUUUUAUAUUAUGUUCCUAAUUAUUGUAUAUGUUUUAUAAUGCAGUCGGGCAAUCUGUGCCUCGAAUUAGGUAGAAUUUUAUUGCAACUCAAUAUAGUUCAUUUCAUGGGAUUAUACAUACUUUUAUAUAGUCAUUCAGCUAACUAGAAAAUUAUAUUUAAAUUGCUGUAAUCAUACUCGAAUAGCUUCACGUAUUUAAUAGGUUUAUAGUUUGAUGUCUUUCUGGGUAAGCUGUAUAUGAAGCUUCAGAUGAACUUUGCCACUCGGCAUAUUUCAGUGAGUGAGCAAUUAGUAAUGCGUGUAGUCGUUAGAGAUAUACAGAAGUUAUAUUCCUCGUGUGUGCCAUAAGUUCUGAUUUUGUUAUUUUUACGAUAAUUAUGUUCAAGUAGUCAGUGUUGAGAGGUGCCACAAGCGUACAGCGCCAUCUAUAGAAGUGUGUAGUGUGAAGUACACCAGACUAGUGUCUGCGCGCAGCUAGCACAGGGAGGGACAAAAUGAAAAAUAUACAGAACUCCAAUGUAUCUGAUCUCACUGUACCAUCAGUAAGAGUUAUUAUUAUGUUUGGGCUGUGAUUAUAUCGUGACUGGAUUAUUUUCUGAAUACAAUUUAACUAUGCAACGGCGGCAAAUAUUUUAGACAUUUUAUCGCAUAGAGGUACCUACAGUUAAGUUAAAACAUAGCUAAUGAUAAACGAAACUUUGCAGUUAUAAUACUUUAAUUAUAUUUCCACAGUAGUUGGUCUGCUAAACAGCUAAAUAUUUGGUUAACUGUUUAUUUUAACACAACACUAGAGAUCCAUUCUUGUGUAGCUAAUUAGCAAUUUAAUUAAGCUUUGAAUACCUGACUAGAUUUAAUUAUUUAACGAUAAAUUACGUUCUUUUUUAUUUUUUUAGUUUUACUUCGUCAUGAUACUGUUGAGUGAAGACAGGGUAACAAAAUGAUAGACGCCAUAUGAGGCCUUAACAAUGUGAAAUGAUGUGACUCAACAUUCUGCCUACAUACAUUUUUGCUCGAGUGUCGACUUACGCGUAACUGUUUAAGAAUGUACUGCUAAUUAAACAUUUUACAUUGUCUGUUAAUGAGGAAUAAGUAGACGUCAAACGACCAAAAUAUCGACGUUGGAAUCCUUAACAUUCUUCAAAGUAACAAGCAUUCGUUCGUUACCAAAAGUUGCUUAUAAAAAAAUUAUAUAGUUAUUACAUAUUUUGACCUGUCUUUGCUCGCAGUAGGUAUAAUCUUCGAUUUCGUUGAUAUCAGCUGCCAUACUAUAAAUGCAUUCAUUUCAUUACUUUGUCUUGCAUUCCUAAGUUCAAAAUUAUUUUGUAAUGUGACACAAAAUACGUUUUAAGAAUUGGCUUAUUACGAGCAAGCGUUGCUAAUCUAAAGUGAUUAUUAGCAUUGUAACAGGAACAUUAGAAUCAUAGAAACAAUAUAAAUGGGAGACAAUGACUGUAAUUAUUCUGGUUUUAAUUUUAUCUCUACCGUUAUGAAAUUCCAUCCAAACUCAUAUUCGGAUUAGAAAGACUGAAAAUAUGAAACAAAAAUCCGAUAUCGACAAUAAGAUUACGUCCAAAGUCCACAUUUUUAAGACAAUUUAAAGACAGAUGCUUUUGUCUCUAGAAAACUCUUAUCCAUUUUCCGUAAAGUUCGUUUUUUGUAAAACAAUGCUGAAAAUCGUCAUUGUCAUUGUAAUAAAUCGGCGAGCAAACGCACUCGCUGUAACAGCAUACUUGCGGAGUCUGUAGCCAGCAGUGCUACUCGACAGUGGAUUGCAGUUACCCGUCACUAUAGACCUAUGUUAAAUUCCAUUUAUAUGAAAUCUCAUUUAUAAGAAAACAAGUGAACUUCUAUAAUCAUUAAAACAGCCACUUGUAUCACUCACUUUACAUUGUUGUUCUAACACGUCCAUGUUGUAUCUUAUCGAUAUUUUCAGCUUGAAAAUUUGUAUUUACAAGUAUUAUAAGUGGAAGACUGCUGGUUAGUAUAAAUGGUUAGUAAAUUGUUUGAAAAUAAGCAAAAUAUCGAUAAGAUAAAACAAUUUUCGAAUUAUUAUAUUAUUGGCAAUGUUUUCUGAUUCAAGACAUUUUGUU